CAGGUGAAAUUCAAAUAAAAAAAUUAAAAAUGAAAACAUCUUUCAUUGAAGCUUAUCUCCCUCCCAUGCAGAAUCUCUCUCUGUGUUCAGGUUUUGUUUCCUCACGUUAACCAUUAUCUAACGUUAAACCUAAAAUUUCAGCUCUUCCGUAGCAACAGGUUAGAGUUUUAAUCUAAUGUUAAGUUUUCUUUCUCGCCACAUAAUUUCCUAAUUUUCUGCAUUUUUUUUCUGAAAAGUUAUCUCCAAUUCACAAGUUUCUGCCAGAAUUUUAACUUCAAAUCUGAAAUUGAAACUGUGUUUCAAAUUUUCUUUCAUAUUUUACGAUUCUGAUUAAAUUAGGGGUUUAGGCUCUUGUUUUGAACAAUGUCGUCGACAUUUGGGGGAAAACUAAUUUUUUUCACAAAUUGAUCGACAUUUCGUAUGUAUUUGUGGAUUUUGCGGUGAAACGUGUUGAAAAUGUUGUCUAUGUCGCCGAAUUCAAUAGUUCGGAGCUCCAUGGAGGAAAUGCUGGAUUCCCUCCGGAGAAAGGACGAGAAUGAGAGGCCGAAGGACAGGCCUCCGGCGCUGCCGGCACGGCCCAAGCCAGCAUCCAGGGCCCGGUUGCCAUCAUCUAAGAGGCCGCUGCCCAAAAGCAUCAAUAUUGGGGAAUCUGAGUCCUCGAAGCGCUCAUCAAAUAUAAAUGUAAAAAAGGAAGAUACAGAAGGUAUAGGAGGAAAUAGUUUUGUAGCUAAAAGGGUCAAGGAAUGGGAGAUGGUAGGUGCGCCAAGGUCAGAGGAUAAGGAUCAUGCUAAACUCACCAGCUCGCCCUUGGAUUUACACCCAAGAUUUAAGGAGUCCGAAUGGGAUGACAGUGUUGGUUAUUUCGUUGAGAAGAUUGGCGCUUGAAGAAGAUAGAAACCAAGUUUUGCAAGGUACUCUUGCCAUUCAGAAGUGCUUUCGUGGUCAUCAUGCUCGUCGACACUUUCAUGAGCUCAAAGGAGGAGUAAUAAAAUUGCAAUCAUGUGAGGCUGACAUGAAUUACCGGUCAUUUUGAAAUUAAUUAAUUUUCCAGCUGAGAUGAUUUUGGGAGCAGUAUGUCUUUUACAUCAUUAUUACUUCUAUAAAUCCAUGCUACAAUUUGCAAUACCUGCUGCGUUCAGUGGUAGAUUGGCGAAUCUCCCAGAAUAUCACUAGAUCUUUUCCGUUCUAAUGUGAUUAUGUGAAGCUUCCCAAUAUUGCUUGAGUUCUGUAGAACCAGCAUUUUUUUUAGAUGCAUGAUAUUUUCUCUGAAUCCUAAUAUUUUGCUUCUUCUAAUAAGUUAUCCAAUAAUAUGUUACUUCUCUCAAGUGUUGACGUUUCAUACUCUUUGCAGUUAUUUGUGGUGAAAUUUCCAGAAGGAAGCAUUGUGCUUUGCUCAAGUUGAAUGAGCACGUUGCUUAUGGAAUGCCAAAUAAGCAGCGGAUAUCAGUUGUGAAAAUUCAAUUGGAUAAAGAUUUUCUGUUCGUAAAUGUCUUUGGUGUUCUAGUUGUAUAUAUUAUCCUAACCCCUUACAUUCUCUUCUACAGCAAUUCGUUGGUGGUUGGCGCAACAGCAAUUUAGUUACCUUAGGAAUUCGAAAAGGUCCAAUGUUGCUAAAGGGAAACCAAGCAGGAAGAUUUCUAACGUUAAGGCUAUGCUGCCCGAAAUGUUAUCUUCCGUGGUGGAAGAACUUCAAAGGGAAGUGUUGAUGGCAGAAGCAAUUAUUGGGCAGAAGGAUAAAGAAAAUGCUGCUCUAAGAUUGCAAAUAAGACAAUUUGAGGUACGGUGGUCUGAAUAUGAAUCUAAGAUGAAAUUUUUGGAGGCGGUGUGGCAAAAGCAUACAGCAUUUUUGCAAAUGAAUUUGGCUGCAGCCAAAAUGAGUCUUGGUGUUGAUGACAAUUCAGGUCAACGUGCAAGGAUUGAUGACUCCCCAUCACCUUGCUGUUAUGAGUUUGAGGAUAUGUCUGUGGGAACACAGACUCCUGGUGGUAGCACCCCUAUAAAAUUUGCUUACAAUGGUAUAGAUUUUGGAGCAGGCCGAUUGACUGGCGGUGGUUUACAUGCAAACUCCCUUGCAAAGGGCUUUGAGCGAAGGAAAAAAAAUUUUGAUGGCGAGGCCAGAGCAAUUGAUGAUGUCACGUCGGGGCAUGCCAUAGAUCCCGACGAAGAACUGCAGUCUCUGAAAUCCAGAUUUCAGUUGUGGAAAAAGGAUUACAGGGUCCGGUGAAGGGAAGCCAAGGCAAAAGUACACAGGCUACCACAGGAUGAAGCUGCUGAGAGAAAUCGACUAAUAUGGUGGGGGAUAGAAGAGCAAAACAUCUUAGCAUUUUGAUUAUUUUUUAGGUGACCAAGCCGUCAAACAUCUUAUUUGUUUCAGGGGCGUCUAUAUUCUUGUAUUGAUUUGCUGCAGAAUCAAUUUGGUGGAGAGUAGGAUAGUAAUUUGUGUACAUGUAUCACUUUUGUCAUCAAAUUAUCCCACUCAUCAACCUAGGGAUUCUGUUGAUUUACUUCGCAGUCAUCCCUGCCUGAGUUCAGCAUGAGCUUAUAUGUAUAUAGCAUGUGUCAAUGAUGUAAUUCAUUAUUCAAUUGAAUGUUGGGAAGAUAUAAAGAAAUGUACAUGACACUAUUUGUCGAAUUGAAAUAGUAAAUGCGUCCGUUCUCCAAUCAUUUGUGCAAUUCAGUGCAAAUUUACACAAUCAUGCAUUCUCUUCAUUUUGUGGUACUAGAACGAACAAAUGAAACUGGGUUUAUGAUCCUGGCACGAACUUGGUGGCAUAAACCCAGGCAUUGUUAG